UUGUGUUUUGAUGACCAUGUUUUCGUAUAAUUUCCUUUAAAAUUUUUCGUUUUGAAAGGUUCUUUAGAAUCUCAAUUGAUUUCUUGAUACAAAAUUUCGUAGACAAGCAUAAUGAUAGAGAAAUGAACUCGGUUUAACUAUUCUGUACCGUAAAAUUAUAGUUGAGCUAUACGAAUUCGAUGGAAUCCAAGAUGGCGGACUGAGAAAACUGACACAUAAAAGUUGUCAAUUUCAUGUGCUGAUCAGGAAACCGAAAAAUGGCGAGCGAUGAUGAAAAUACCCUUAGGUUUAUAAGUGUUGAUGAAUCGAAGGAAGAAAACCUUUUGCGAGCCUCGGAAGCUAGCAAGGAGUACGAUUUGAACAGCGAAUGGAUUUCUGCGAGCGAUUUGGAAAAUAUUGAUUUGGAGACACAACGAUCGGUCUACGUUUUGGAGAAUUUUGAAGGAGAAAGUUUCGAGUACUUGAAGAAAAGUAAAUGCAGGAUUGUUGGUCCACAGUGUAUAUUAUCUUGUUUACAAACACAGACCCCGCUGCCAAAUGUCCAAUAUCCAGUUUAUGGUGUAGCCAUGCUUGGCACUGCUAUCAGUUGUACCAGUGUACCUCGGCAAGAGAGAGAUAGGCUUUACGAUCUUAUCCACCUGAUGGGAGGAAUUGUUAUGAAAGAUUUCACCAGCGCAGUAACUCACUUGGUUGCGGGUGAAGUGGGGUCUAAGAAAUACAAGGUAGCAUGUAGUUUCAACAAACCCAUUUUAUUACCACAGUGGGUUUACAAAUGCUGGGAGCUCAGUCAGGACAAACAUGUAUGUGCCACAGAUGAACAAUUCAUGGAAUUCAAAUGCCCAACAUUCAAGGGAAUAACUCUUUGUGUGACAGGUAUUGAUGCAGAAAAAAGGAAAGAAAUUAAGAAACUUGUAACACAACAUGGUGGAACAUACUCUGGUGCACUUGAUAUGAACACAUGUACUCAUUUACUUGUCGAUGAGCCAAGGGGUGAAAAAUAUGAGUAUGCAAGGAGGUGGAAUCUUCACUGUGUUUGUACACAAUGGUUUUAUGACUCAGUUCAGACAGGCUUGUGUCAGGAUGAGUCAAGCUAUUAUACUCAGCCUAAUGAAGAAAAUAACAGUUCACAAGCAGGUGCAAGAUUUUCUGGUUUAAUUAAAGGCAAUACUUCUAAAAGUAGUACAGAGAAGAAGAUUUCAAAUAAGGCUGCACAAGCAGCAUACAAGAGUGCGCAGAAACACGGCAACAAAGAUUUGAUCUCUGGUUGUGGAAGAUACAGUAGACUAUCUAAUCAGUCUAAGACUGAUGUUUCCAGGAUAGGAGAGACUCAUAUUUCAGAUCCAGAUGGCUCUGAUUUUGAUGUCAGAAUUCAGCCUGGGAAUAUGUUUCUGGAUGGUUGUAAAAUUUAUUUAAGUGGAUUUUCUGGGCAAAACUUGGAGAAGCUUAGAAAGAUCAUCAACUCUGGAGGAGGGACAAGAUUCAAUCAAAUCAAUGAGAUUGUUUCUCAUGUUAUUGUUGGCAAUAGAAUUGAUGCAGAUAUUGAUCUGUUAAGAAACUGCGAUUUUCAAGUGUUUAUUGUUAGUGUUCAAUGGAUUUUGGAUUCUGCAAGGGAAGGGAAAAAGCUAUCAGAAGAAAAAUAUCUCUGUUCUGAUCUAUUACAAAGGGAGGAUCUUCCACUCUCAUGCAAAGAGAAUGAAGAUCCUGCUAAAACCCUUUCAAAAGCAACAAAAAAUGUCUCUGUUCUUCAACCAAGUGCAUCUGAGAAAAAUAAAAAGGAUGCAAAAGCCAAGCCAAAGGAGGAUCAGUGCGAUGGUGAUGAUGAUUAUGAUGAUGUUUUCAUACAAUAUCUGCCUCAGAAUGAAGAUCAAGGCAGUGAACCUGGGCAAAACCUUCCUCAAACAGACACCACUGCACAGUUAAAAGAGUGCAGUAGUUUUAGUGCUGAUCCUGAUGCUACACUUGAUAAUGAAGAAGAAGAAGAAGCUCCCCAAGAUGGCUUACUGUCUGGAAAGUUUUUCACAGUGGCUGGUUUUUCUAGUGAACAUCUGACACACCUCUGGCAGCUUCUAGAGAGCAAUGGAGGAAAGGCCGUGUCUGGUGGACAAACAGCUGACUAUGCAGUGUUACCAAUGAACAAAGUUCCUGAAGAAGAUUUACAAGCAAAACAGCUAGUUACAUUUUGCUGGUUGGAGCAGAGCUUAGCAUGUGACCAUCUUUUGGCCCCAGAGGAUGGCUUUCUCUUUAAGCCAUUUAGUAUCCCAGAGGCCAGAAAACCACUCAGUGGAUGUGUUUUAACAAUCAGUCAAUUUACAGGCGUAGAAAGAGACCACAUAUAUCAACUAGCAGAACUUCUAGGUGCUCAUUGCCAGGAAUACUUUGUUCGUAAAGCAAGUGGGAACUUCAAGGCCAGCACACACCUCUUGUGCCAAGAUCCUGAUGGAAACAAAUACAAGGCAGCUAUGAAAUGGAAUAUCCCUGUAGUAAGCAGGGAUUGGCUCUUUGCCUGUGCUGCAGGUGGCACCCUGGUUCCCACUAAUGAGUAUCCUGUAGGCAGUGACAAAAAAGUUGUAGUGGAUGCCAAUGUUUGCCCAUCAGAGGAACUGAGAGUGGGCAAGGCAGAUGCUAAAGACACUUCUCAAGACCACAUUUUAAAAUCUGAAGAGGGUGAACUUCCAAUUGAAACAAACAAUGAAGUAUCUGCCCUCCAUGUGCAAAAUGUUAACAAUGGAGGUGGCGAUCAAGGAAGUACAGAAAAGCAACCUGUGAAGAGGCCAUCUAUGUACUUCCGUCCAUUCAGACCAUCAUUUGACUUGGCUGAUGUGAUGGAAGAGCUGGCUUCACCUGUUUGUUCAAGUCUAAGAGGCAGAAAGAGUCGGGGCAGUAGAAACAGCUUUCCACUGGGUGAUUUCUUUGCAGAGAACAUCAAACAGACUCUUAAAAAACUGGGCACUGUUGCUCCACGCACAAGGAAAGGUGAUGAGGAGAAUGAUGAUGAUGAAACUUUUGAUGACAUCCAACAAGAAAGAGAGGAAAAUGGAGAACCUCAUCAACAAGGUAUCCUAGUUGGUGUCAUUUUAUCUGUGAGUAAAAAAUUGGCUCAGCAACAAACAGAAAUCUUCAACUUAGCAUCUUCUCUCGGAGCUGAUUAUCGCAGGCUUUACGACGGAUCAUGCACGCACCUUAUUCACCAGCAGGGUCCAUCCAAUGACAAAAGUAAGGAAUAUGCACAGGCAAAGGCUCGAGGCAUUCACAUAGUGUCUCCUCAUUGGUUGUAUAGUUGUCAAGAAAAAAAUGAGCGAGUUGACGAGACCAUGUAUCCACACACCUUUAAUCCGAAGUUAAGUCUGUCAGUGGUAACAACGGGAAGACGAAUGACAAGAUCGUCUCAAGCUGCAACAACAGAACAAGAGAUGUCACCACAAAAGAAACGAAAGUCACUCUCAGUGAAAGUGAAUGAGUCGAGUGAAACUAAAAAACUUAGCAAGAUGGGGAGCGUGCCUGAGGAGUUAGCGGGGGAGGAAAAGGCUGAGGAAGGCGAUAUUGCAGAAGAGGUACAACAAGAUCCUCAAAUGGGACCAGCUACACUGGAGUCUCUAGAGGCCAGAGAAGAUUUUAAACGUCAACUAGAAGCAAUAAUGGAUGCUACCAAGGGAAAAGGGAGACGAAGAAGCCGGCGUCAUACGUCAUCCAGCAACUCGAUCAGCGUUUCCCACAAUUCAACAGGAAAUGUAACAUCUGAGAUGUCAUUGGCUACGAGACGUACGUCAUCAAGGGUUCGGUCACGUGUCGGUGCUAAGGCUAAUGAAGGUGAUAACAGCAAUUCGUCCUCACGGGUCAAAUCCCGUUUGUCAGCAACCGAUGACAGUGAACACUCGCAAAGUGAUACUAUCACCUAUGAUGAUCCCGCAGGACGGAUGGAGCGUGAGAAGAUUAUGGCGCAGCUCAAGAGGGGCUGUAGCCCCAGCCCUGAUACCCACACGGAGGACGAGGAGGACGACAGACCGUGCAACAAUACAAACACGGACGCACAAACGCUUGCCUCAAAGGAAUCUACAGUCACGGGAGUCACGCACACCGACGCUAACGACACAGCUGAACGUCACGUAAGAGAACUGAACGUGACAGUUAAGUCCGACCCUCCUACACCUGUCACCAGUUCCACUCCAGCAGCUCCGCCAAUCGGCCUGCAAAUUAAAGACACUCACAAACCCCAGCCUGUGAAUCUUCUAGACACUACGGCACUUGAUCAAACACAACCCCGAGCUCUGACCACGCCUAAGUUCCAGCUGUCGGUUAUGACACCUCAGGAGAAGAUAGAUUACUCAGCACUUAUUGAGCAGCUUGGAGGACAAGUGUUUGACACGGUUUAUUUUAAUCCCGAGUGCACGCACGUGGUGGUUGGUAAACCAAACAGGAAUGAAAAGUACCUUGCUGCAGUAGCCGCUGGGAAGUGGGUUUUGCACAAGUCGUUCUUGGAAGCCAGUCGAGAAGCUGGCUACUUUAUUGACGAGUCUCCCCACGAAUGGGGACAGGAAAUCCCUGGAGAACCUCACAAUAAACUUGCUGCUGCCCCUCGACGGUGGAGAGUCAAACUUCGCCAGGAAAGAGCGGCCGCUUCUGAAGCUGGUAAAAGUGCAGCGUCCUGCGGUGCAUUCAAUAGCUGGGUGGUUCUUCUGUGCGUGGACAAGUCACGGCAACCAGGAUUUAAACGUCUGUUAGAAUCCGGAGGGGCUAAGGUUUCGGGAUGCAGACCACCAUUCAAGAACACCAGCGACUUCACGCACGCAUUUGUAGACUUAGCUAAAACGAAAGUGGAUUCUUCUGACUUGAACACUCUUCAAAGGGAUAAUGUUUGGUGUUUGAAGCCAGAUUACAUCGCCGAGUAUCUAAUGCAGGAGCCACCACCUCCCCCUCAGAAAUACUUACUCUCAGAACUUGGAACGCCUGGUGAACAGGACAGAUCGAUUCCUGGGCAGACAAGGAAGAGGAAAGGGGAGGAUCUUACUGGCGGCGAUAAAAGAGUUCGUGUUUAAUUUUUAAAGGAUCAGAAAUUGUAAUGCGCCCUCUUGACCUUGUUUUGAAAGCAAUAGUACUACCAUGGUUUGGAGUAAAAGACAGUACAUAUUUCUCCCAUCUUUUGGAAGAAACUUACAUACUAAAUUUGGCACAAGGGGAAUUUUUACCUUUUUACCCUGCGGGUGACCAGCUUCUAAUUUCUUCUUACAGUCAUAUUGCUGUGCCAUUCAUUAAGGUCGUGAGAAUAAAAGAAAUAAGCGCCAAUCUAAGAAGCUUUGAUUGUUAAACAAAUUCUUCUUGUCAGCACCA